AUGGGUUGUUGCAGUGGCAGAUGCACGCUGGCCUUUAUAUGUGGCAUGCAAUUGAUCAGCAUAUUGGAACGACAAAUAUUUGACUUCCUUGGGUACCAGUGGGCUCCCAUCCUCACAAACUUUGUGCACAUCAUCACAGUCAUCUUGGGCCUCUUUGGGACUGUACAGUUCAGACCAAGAUACGUGACCGGGUAUGCAGUGUGGCUGGUUCUCUGGGUGACCUGGAACAUCUUCAUCAUCUGUUUCUACCUGGAAGUGGGGGACCUCUCCAAGGACAGUGACCUGAUCAUGACCUUCAACAUGUCCAUGCACCGCUCCUGGUGGAUGGAGAACGGUCCAGGCUGCAGGGUGACCCCGGUCACCCCCCCUCCGUCCUGGGCCCCGGAGGACCACCGCUACAUCAGCAUCGCAGGUUGUCUGCUGGAGUACCAGUAUGUGGAGGUGGCCCACAGCUCCCUGCAGAUCCUUCUGGCUCUUGUUGGGUUCAUCUAUGCCUGUUAUGUGGUGAAGCUCAUCUCAGAAGAGGAAGACAGCUUUGAUUUUAUAGGAGGGUUCGACUCCUAUGGUUAUCAAGGGCCUCAGAAGACAUCCCAUUUGCAACUACAACCCAUGUACAUGUAA